AUGGCGGCCUUCGAUGGGACAUCCUGCCCAGAGGAACACCUGAUGGCCUACAAGAACCUGAUGCUGCUGUAUACCACUGACCUGUUAUUAUGGUGCAAGUUCUUCCCAACUACUCUUACGGGAGUAGCUCUGACGUGGUAUACCUCCCUUCCAGGAGGAACUAUCCAGAACUUUGCCCAAUUGGAGGGUAAGUUCCUGGGUCAUUUUGUAGCAUCAAGAAGACAAGAAAAAUCAAACUUCCAUCUGCUCAGCAUCACACAAUUGGAAGGAGAGUCCAUAUCAUCAUAUUUAAAAAAGUUUCAUGAGGCGGUACUAGAAGUAACUGACUUGGAAAAAUCGGUUGCAUUAAACGCCCUGAUCAACGGAAUGAAAGCUCAGAGGCUGAAGUUCCAGUUGGCACAUGAUCCCAAGAAACGGAGGUCGGAUAAGAAGGAUCUCACGGCCAAUCAUUCCUCUAGGAGCAGAGAGGAACAACCAUCAAGGAGGGAAAGAAAUUUCUUGCGGCGCCGUCAAGAACCUUCGUCAGAUAUGGGACCUCCACGAUCCAAACACCACAAAGAGCACGACCACACUUUGGCCCAAUGCCGCAAACUCAAACGUAUCCUACAUCAAUUGGCCGAUGAGGGAAAAUUGUCUGGGUUCAUCAACCGGAAGGAUUACGAUGCUGGAGGAGAAGAAGAAAGGAGGCCAUGGAAUCAAAGACGCAGAUCCCCCAAAAGGGAUGAGGCCAGGCGCGAAAGUUCCAACACUCAAGGAACUAUCAACAUGAUUUUCGGAGGAUACACUGAAGAAUAUCCUACCAUCCGCGCUGCAAGAAAUAGUGUCCACACUCUGCUAAAAGGGCCCCCGAAAGCCUCAUCAAGUGGACCGAUCAUGAGGUUCAAUGCCACGACCUCCCAAACGCUGCAACAACCCCAUACCGACCCACUGGUGGUCACCCUCAAAAUUGGGCAAAUGAAAGUCAAGAGGGUACUCGUAGAUACCGGGAGCACGACUGAUCUCAUAACAAUGGAGUGCUUGAGAAAAAUGAAGUUCGAAGAAAAGCACUUACAACCCCUCGAAAAAUCGCUGAUUGGGUUUGGGGGAAGUCAAGUCAUUCCACUAGGCACGAUCAUUCUCCCCGUGCGGGUGUGGGAAAGAAAUGAAAGCGGAACCAUGCCCAUACGAUUCACGGUGGUGGAUCUCACCUUUCCCUACAACGCUAUCAUGAGGCUUCCGCUCAUCAACAAAAUCAAAGCCGCGAUCUUCCCUCAUCAACUCUUGCUACAAUUCGAGCGGGAUGAUGGACAAGUAGGUAUACUCAUAGGGGAUCAGGUGACGGCACGCCAAUGCCUCAUCAACACCUUACAACGAGGAGCUUCCAUCACCCCCUCCAAAAGGGAAAGGGAAGAAGAGUCCCCUACUGUCAUGAGCGUGUAUCUGGAGAAUCCCAACCCGCACGAAAGGCCUCGCCCUGUAGAACAAUAUGAGGAGGUAGACAUAUUCGAAGGAAAACGCCUCAAAAUAGGGAAAGACCUCCCUGGCCCGGUUAGAUAUAAAACCAAGCUACAAACCUGUGACGCAAAAACUGCAACAGCAAGGAAGGGAGCGGAUAGAGGCCGCCUAAGAAGAAGUGGAGAAAUUGCUGAGAGCUGGAUUCAUCUAAGAAUGCAAAUACUCCGAUUGGCUCUCAAAUGUCGUCCUCGUGAAAAAAUCAAACGGCAAGUGGAGGAUGUACGUUGA